UCCGCGCAGGCGCGGUAGGCGCGCCGCCGUCGCCGGGCUCGUCGGCCGUGCCGCUUUGCCUCCUCGGCAUCUGAGGCGGCCGCCCGGCGUUCCUGCGGCUUUCUCUCCUGCCGCCGCGGGCCGAGGCCAUGUCCCGAAAGCAGGCGGCGAAGAGCCGGCCUGGCAGCGGCAGCCGCAAAGUGGAGGCCGAGCGCAAGCGGGACGAGCGGGCGGCGCGCCGGGCCCUGGCCAAGGAGCGACGGAACCGGCCGGAGUCCGGCGGCGGCGGCGGCUGCGAGGAGGAGUUCGCCAGCUUCGCCAACCAGCUGCAGGCCUUGGGGCUGAAGCUGCGGGAGGUGCCGGGGGACGGCAAUUGCCUGUUCAGAGCUCUUGGUGACCAGCUGGAGGGACACUCGCGAAAUCAUCUCAAGCACCGACAGGAGACAGUGGACUUCAUGGUGAGGCAGCGGGAAGACUUUGAGCCGUUUGUAGAAGAUGAUGUUCCUUUCGAGAAGCACGUGGCCAGUUUGGCAAAGGCUGGUACUUUUGCUGGCAAUGAUGCAAUCGUAGCCUUUGCAAGAAAUCAUCAGUUGAAUGUGGUGAUUCAUCAGCUUAAUGCCCCUUUGUGGCAGAUUCGUGGCACAGAUAAAAGCAACGGGAGGGAGUUACACAUCGCCUAUCGCUAUGGAGAACAUUACGACAGUGUUCGGAGGAUCAAUGACAACUCGGAAGCGCCUGCUCAUCUCCAGACAGACUUUCAGAUGCUUCAUCAGGAUGAGUCUAAUAAAAGAGAAAAGAUCAAGACAAAGGUGGUUGACUCUGAAGACGACCUGAGAGAUGAAGUGGAAGAUGCUGUCCAGAAAGUUUGUAAUGCAACUGGAUGUUCAGAUUUGAAUUUAAUAGUUCAGAGCCUGGAAGCUGAAAAUUACAAUAUUGAAUCCGCAAUACUUGCCAUGCUUCGAAUGGACCAAGGGAAAAGAAACAAUAGUGCAGAGGAGAGCCUGGAGCCUGGUGGCCGAGCGCGGACGCAGUGCGGCCCUUUAUGGGAGGAGGGUGGCAGUGGCGCCAGAGUCUGUGGAAAUCAGGGCUUCAGUGAAGGCAGGACUGGAAACACCAAGGCACGGGCCAGCCCUAGUGAAGAAGACAAGGCCAAUAAAAACCAGCUCCCGAAGGUCACAAACCGGCAGAGGAGGGAGCAGCAGCGGCAGGAGAAGAAGAAGCGGCAGGAGGAGCGGCACCGGCACAGAGCCCUGGAGAGCAGGAGCCGCCCCGGGGACGGCAGCAGGGGCGACGCGGCCGUGGGCGCGCAGGUCACCUUGGUGAAGACCUUUGCUGCUCUCAACAUCUGACUGCGGCCUCCGGGGAGGGGAGCGCUGCGAGCCGCUGGAAGGGAUGAGACCGUCGCGUUACCUAACCAGACACAGCUGGCAGGACCCACACGGACGCUCACACGUGGAGUCCGUUUCUUUCAAGUUGCCUCUUUUUUGUUCAAAGCGUAGUUUUGUUAGUGAUGUUUGUUUAUGAAUGUGCUGUGAAGCCACUCGGCCUCUGCAAUGCAGACUUAAGGUGGUGCGUGUCGGGGUGGACCGGGAGGUCAGGAAGGGCCUUUCUGUGUGUGGCUUUACUUGCCCGAAAAGUCAAGAGUUCAGUGACCCUGGGACCUUCCCUUGGACUUGGGGUGAGCUUUGCUCUAAUUGUUCCUAAAGUAGUUUGCAGUAACUGUGAGAAACUCUGAACCACGGGUUUCCUGUUUCUCUUUUGCAAACAGAUGCUAACGCGUAGGGCGGUUUAUAAGUGGUCUCCAGCUCAGGAACAUGUUUACAUUUAGUUUCUUCUAAACGAGGUUACUCGGAAAAUAGUUCAGGAAGUGUUUGCCCAAAGUAGUGUGGUGUGAGGGUUGUGGGCUGUCCUCGGGUGGAAAUUAAACGAGUACCCUUCGCUGCCUUCUUCUCGCACGUUCCUUCAGGUGGGUGCAGCUGCUGUUGGUUCAUUUGCAUUGAAGCCACAGGACAAGUGCACCUGACUGUUCGGUAGGCCUGGGCUUUGCUGGGACGUGGACAGUGCUGUUGAGUUGCUGGUACUCAGUGGUGGUCUCUGGGAAGCUGGCGUGUUUCUGCUGUGAUAAAAUUCUGGAAUUCUGAGAGUAUGUGGAGCAGAUGGCCGUUGCAAAGGGAGAAGUCAGGGACAUGUAGAGUUUUGCUUAGGAAGUCUAAAAAGUUCUUUGCUUUUUAUAGGAAAAGUCUGAAAGAAAAGAGCUAAAGGCUUUUCAGGUUUCCAUCUUAAAUAACUGCACUUUCUCCCUCACUCCCCAGACUUCAGAGAAAAUGAACUCUGACUUGACCGUCCGCAUAGCGUGCUUCAUGUUCCUGGUCUUGGGGGAGUGCAAUCCUAUCACGUGCUGCACUUGUUUCUUUUUAUUUAAGCUGUGUUUGGGGUUGCGGUGUUGGGAGAACUCUCUGGUACCGACCAGUAGUUGUCAGUGAUUAGGUGAGACCAGUAGGAGAGAGAAGGUACUUCGGCCAGGGCCUCUGAGCGACUCCACAAUUGUGAAGCAGAUUUGGGUCGGGAAGAAAUGUCAUUCCUAGAACGGAAUUAGGUGGAUGUGAAUUUUAAAACUGUGACGUAAGAGGUGGCCACCUCGGGUGAUCUUUGCCAUUUGUGAACCUCAUAUUUGGGCAAGUCAAAUAUGCUAAUUCAAAAGGUAAAUUAUUAGUUGUCUCCUUACCCCUUGUAAUGAAAUUUUAGGUGCAAUGAAAAUUCGCAGGUGAAGGGAAAGCUAUAAACAUGUUGGCACGUGGAGGCCUAGCGUUGGGCAGGCCCUGGGUUCUCAGAGUUACCUGUAUCAGCAGUUGUUUGCUUUCUUCAUUUUUAACGAUGUCUUCGUUUUUGUUUGUUCGACUUUGGAGACUUUGUGCUUGGAGAAUCAGUCGUCUGUUGGAGAUGCUCCCCGGACGUGGUGUGGGCUUCCUGGGUACUUGGCGUGUGGAAAGCUGCACAGCAUUUUCCGCUGUACCUGAGUUGGAAACGCAGGACCUGGUCUACACCACACCUGGCCAUGUGUUGCCUUUUGUCGUAAGGAAGUGGGUUCAGUGCUUCAGGCUCCGGAGAAGCCCUGGCUUUCCCCUCUGGACAGGUUCCUGGGGGCUGAGCUGCUCCGAGUGAACACACUUUCUUGCGCGCUUUGUACCGCUCGAGUGCCGACCAGAGCCUCUCAGGAGAAGCAAGAUGCGUGCCCGAAACCGCGCGGUAGGAGUCAGAAGCAGCCCAGGGCAAACCCUUUGUCAGAAGCAGUGGAACUGCUUUAUGUUUAGGUCAGUGAAGGUGGCCUCGGGCCCCAUUUGGUUCUAGAAGUUUUAGAAGCUGCUAAAAUGCGUCCCUAUUGAGAACCUGGCUUUCUAACUUACUUAGUUCUGGUAAUAGCCCUCAGUAGUUAGGGUUUGGUAACAGUGGUUUUAAAAACGAAUGAAACGGCUUUAGUGAUUUCUUUUAUUGCCAUUUCACAGCUUUCCAGUUGUCAGCGGUCUGUGUUUAGCAUUGUAGAGAUGGAGCACUGUGUCCUGUGUCAAAGGCGUCCUCUAGCUGAGGGUUUGAAUUCAGACAUCACUGCUUCGGCUCUGGGAGAUGACUCCCGGGAGCCGGCGUGGAGGCCCAGUGCGGUGCGUCCUGCGGUGACGGUGGGCACGGCGGCGACUCGCGGCAGCCCGUUAGGAACUGAGUCUGUCGAGCCCCGGUGGGACACCUUGGCAGGUAGAGAUGUGUGCUGUGUUGCGUUGUGUCUGGAGUUCGAAGUGAGGCCGGGGGAAGGGGAUGGACCGGUGUCUGGAGCUGCUUGCUGGGCUUACACACUGUACAUAAAGGUUUUGGAUUUAAAAAUGCUUUUACAGGUCAAAGUAUGAAAUAAAACUUUAGCAGUAACAGCUUUGAAUUAGAGAGAUAGAUGUAUUAAAACAACAUAGAACCACAACUUCUAAGUAGAGUCGUUACCACCAGGAGACAUUAGAAAGAUAGAAUGUGUUUGUGUAUUUAAUUUUUAUCUUUCAAAAAUACGUAGUAGCCCUUCAGGAGCCAGCUCUGGCUGUCUGUAAUUUCUUCCUUAAGCUCUGAACACACUUCCAGCCCCAUGGUGGCCGGGACGGCGGGGCCGUGGCUCUCCCUGGCGGGGCAGCCUCCCGGAGCAGCCUCACGGGGUGGCGCUGUGGCCGCAGAGCCGCCCGGGUCCUCAGCUGUGCUCCGGUGGAGACCCACACCUGCGGUGAGCUGCUCUCUCUCCAGGAGAAGCUCCAGGCUCUGGCUGAGUGCUGCUGGGGCAGCACACCUGCCAGCAGGUUCCCUCUGAAACGCCCAGCUCCUAUACCGUGGUUCACGGAGGAUGGCAUUCCUGGCACGGGCCCCACUGUGGGCGGCAGAGAAUGGCACGUUCUGAUUUCAGUGUCCGCGCAGGCGGCCUCUCCAAGUGCCGUUUGGGGCAGGCUCGUAGCUCUGCACCUUUUACCUCAAGGCUCUGCUGUCUGCACCAACACUUUGGACGCUGAGUCGGACCUGUGUUUCUGUUUUGUCAUUUUCCUCAUUCACGGUUUCAGUCGUGUCCACUUCAGGGCAGGCGUUGCACAAACCCCAGGGCCUUCCGCCGGUUGUUCCCCUGGGAGUUACUUGUGGCCCUGUCUACAAAGUGUGUUUUUUCGACUCUAAGGCAAGUGGUUCUUUUCCACUAACAUUACUUCACUGGAGGCGUAGAGAGCGCGUUUAAAUGAACGCCUGCCAUCACAUGCUGGGGACCGUCUGGACUUGUGGGAAAGUAGGGGUCAGAGUGUGUGCUUCGGUCGCCAAGUGCAGGCACCACGGGGCCAGGCCGAAACAGCCUGCCCUGUGCGUGCCUGGCCUCUCCUGUCCCAGUGGAGUUCCCUGUGGAAGCUCGGGCUCUCGGUUCCUUCUGAGCAGCUGCUUUCUAGUCUCCCUGUCCAGCUGCUGUGCUUAGGACUGCUUUGCAGCUGGAGUAAGAUGCUGAGGGUCCCCGGGGCUCUUUGCAGAGGGGCUGGUGCCAGUGUAAAGAAUGUGUGUCCACAGAAGCGCUCACUUGUGCACAGGGAGUUUAUUUUAAGGAGGGCCUACCCAUCAUGCACAGCUGCUUCUCACCAUGCCAUUCAUCUCAGAAGGUCAUGGUCACCGGACAGAACCUCUGUGGCCUGGCUCUGACCCUUUGCCUGUCAGUGUCCGCCAGGUCCCUGUUCCCAGCCCCGUCCAUGACAAUCACACGAGCUCAGCCUGUGGCUUGAUCCCGGCAGACCCCUGUGCUGGAACUGGAGCUGGCGCGAGGGAGCUCGCGUCUCCCUGCUCCCACGGGCCGCUUUCUCGGGAACGGCCCGCGGCUUCCCCUGCUACCUCCUGGCCCCUUCACCAGCACUGUGCUCAGAGAGGAAGCCGAGAGCCCGGAGUCAGACUCCGCUCUGCCCGCUCCCUUCGGGGCACAGGCUGCUGGUGCCCGCUGGCCCCCGUGGGGAGGGAGGGCGGGCGGGCGUCGGGGCAGGGCCCUCUCCGUCUCCUUGCACUGCACUUGUUCUGCUUCGGUCUGGAGCUCCGUGGGGGCGGGGUCCACAGGCUGAGCAAGUCUUGCCUUACCUGUAGAGCACGGCGGUGAGAAAUGGGGUCGUCUGUGUCCACACUCAGCUCCCCUCGGGGUUUCUUUGCACAGAUCUCGUGUUCAUCCGAACCAUUUUGUUUUUUAUUUACUAAAGUACUGUACUUGGCUAUUUGCAGUGUUUUCAAAACCAAACGUUCCUUUUUUGUGUUUUUAAUCUUUAAUACCUUGGUGCAAUAGAAGCUGCAAAGAUGUGCCACUUUAUGAAAUGGAAUUUUGUAUACCAGUAAAUUCUAGUUUAAAAACAAA